AUGUCGCACUCGAUCCCGAAUUCCUACAGGACCCAGAGGGCCGGGCAGCAAUCUCCGCUCCUGGCGACUCCAGCGUUUCACCUACCGCGACAAACACAAACCCAGCAACACAGAGCGAAUUCUUCUAUGUCGAAGAGCCAUCAUCACAAUGCGAGUAUAACGUCAAACCCCUCUCAAGGGAUGCAGGAAGUCGGGAGUGGAUCGGACGUUUGGCCGGGCAAUGCCCACUUCACGCUCCCAGCAGUGUCGAGUCCUGGAUCCUUGCACCCUUCCGCUGACAUUUACAACCUUGAAGAAGAUACUCCGUACCGCGAAUCCUCAUUUGACGAUUUCUUGACAACGGAAGAAUCCUCUGAAAACCCUCUGAGCGAACAUACUACUCCACAGGAACAAAUUUGGGAGCAACAAUUCUUAACACAGGAGGCGGCACAACUUCAGAUAGUCGAUUCCUACGGGUCAAACGAUUUCGAGGCCGUGCAUGGAGUUUCAGGUAGCUCAGAUCUACGAGGUUGUCUUCAACAUCCCGAGGAAGGGCUGCCGAAAUUCGUGUCUGGCGAAGAGCUCAGGAGUUCCAAGAGCUCCUCACUUGGCUCGCCUCUCCCUUUUUCUCCGCAAAUACAAAGUGCCAGCCAGGGACAAAAUCAAUCAAUGGACCACCUGGGCGCUUCCCACAAGAGGGGAGCCUCUCAAAACCUCAAAGUGGACACAACGCCUAACCGCGUCCUCUCACCCAGUAACAAGGUGAACGCCUGGCAAUACUCCACCCAUAUACGUGCACCGAGUCCCGUGGUCAUGAUAUCCGACUACGGAGCUUCUGGUGUGAAGCCUGAGACUCCACAGAACCUCAUGCCUCCAUCUGCAAAGCGUGGUCGCGAAGGCGAAUCUUCUGAGGAGGACGAGGAGGAAGACGAAGAUGAAUCUGGGCACGAUAGAGCAGGACCAGGAGAUGCCGAUGUCUCCCCAUCUCAUCUCAUGCCCCCGGAUGUCAAUGGAACGGAGAGUUCACGUUCGACGCCCACCCAACGCCACGGGCUCGAACCACAUUCGAGGAACGAUGAAACAACAUCCUCAGUCAAAGAACUCGAAGAGCAGCGCCAGCUCGAGGAAAGAAACGCUGAGGUUCAAGAAUGGCUUGCCACAAGCGACGCCGGAAGUGGGCCCGAGGAUGAAUCUGGAGGGAAGGCUUCUCGCCGGACACCUCAAGGCACAAGGCGGCGAGCUCAUACCACCGAGGGUCGUUUGGACCAUCGUGGCCCCGUAUACUCGGACGAGCAUAUUCCUGGCCCAGGAGCUCUCGUUGAUGUCGAUUCAGACGACGAAUAUUUUGACGAAGUUUCGGUGCAAUCGUCGGACAUUGAAGAGCUCACUGAGCAGGUCCUCGAGCAUUAUCGGGUUGUUAGAUCCCCGCGCCUCUCACCACGUGCUCUGGACGGUGAUGCAUCGACUGACCAAACCGCCUUCCCUCCGCUUGAAGACGAAACUUCGCCGGAAUCGCAGGAGCCGCUCCCUACUCAGUUCAUGAGGCGAGGCCCGUGGCAAGAUCCGGUUCGUGGGCCUGUUAUCAGCACAAGAGGGCAACCGAACACGUCCAACGCCGCCGCCUACAAAUUCAACGAGGAAGCAGCAAAGUGGGAAACUGCCUCUCGGGCUGCCACGUGGGGAACGGGACGUCGUCUCAGCGAAAGCGAAAUCAACUCUAUCGUCGAAGGCAGUCAGAUUCGGCAUCUGUCCCUCUCAAAAAGGGGCCGGGAACGAACGAGCAGCAUCUUCAGCAAGGCUCGAGGCAUCGUCCUUAGGCGAAGUAGCAGCAAUAUAAAAGAAGAGCCCUUAGCAGAGGACAACGAGGCAGAACCACGAGGACAUGCCCACCGAAGCUCUGUUGGGAGUGUCAGACCCCAGAGGAUGCCGAGUUUCGGCAAGCCAAAGUCACCUCCCUUGAAUACGGGUAGUGCCUUGCUUGCGAUGACUGGCCAGCUUGCAGCUGUUGGCCGUGGGAACUCGGUGGCCCAGGGUCUUGAUGCCUCCAAGUCGACACGCCCCUUGCAGACGCUAAGAAAGCAGCGUAGCAAGAGUGACGUGACCAAGAAUGCAAAGUCGUCCAACCCGGGCCUGGCUGAUUUAUUGACCAAGCACGGCGGGCCGCCCAUCCCAACUCUUGCGUCUCCAAUGCAUGAGCGCGAACCCAUCCUGGCGGCACAGGUUAGAGACAACGAAGUGGCCCCUGCGGAUGACGAUGAAGAUGAAACAGACGAGGUGGCCCUCAAGAUGGAUCUUGAGAUUCGGGCGGAGGACAUCAAGCCGACAAUCGAAGGAUUUAGGGACCACGCGCGGAAACUCAAUCCCAGACUCGAGCCGUAUCUGGUUGACCGGGUUGGCCAGGAGCAGAUUCGACGCUACAAGAAACUGAUCGAAACCAAGAUUAAACACACUCGGUCUGUCCAGGUUGCGCGCAAGUGCCCUUCGGGCAAGUUUUGUUUUGAGCUGGGCGGCGAGGCGACCCCACUGGCGCCACGGGCCAGCACCAAGGAUCCAGACACGACGCUGACACAAUUUCAGAUCAGCAAUCCUGCUGACGAUGAGGUGGACGAGUCUGGGUUCACCGACGGGAUUGUCACGCCGGCCCUGUUUCCUCCGGGGAUCCCAUUACCACCAGUACCACGACUCCCGGCCGAAUUUGAGUGUAAUCUCUGCUUCAAAGUCAAGAAGUUUCACAAACCGUCCGACUGGACCAAGCACGUACAUGAGGACGUUCAGCCCUUCUCCUGCACCUUUCCCAAUUGUUCCGAGUCGAAGUCUUUCAAGCGAAAGGCCGACUGGGUCCGUCACGAGAAUGAGCGGCACCGACACUUAGAGUGGUGGCAAUGUUCGAUCCAGGAAUGCAACCAUAUUUGUUACCGUAAAGACAACUUUGUCCAACACCUGGUACGGGAACACAAGAUGAGCGAGCCCAAGAUCAAGCGGGGUUCGGGUAGCAGCAAGAACAAGGCUGUCAACAGCGGUCCCCAAGAGGACAGUGAAGUGUGGCGUAUGGUGGAUAAGUGCCGCUUUGAGACGGAAAAGAAGCCCCGAGAUGAACCCUGCCGCUUCUGUGGCAACGUUUGUUCGAGCUUCAAGAAGCUGUCGGUCCAUAUGGGCAAGCAUAUGGAACAGAUCGCGAUGCCGGUCCUGCAACUGGUGGAUAUGGCAGAAGUGUCUCCUGACACCAUUGUGAGCCCCAUCGAUCAACCGCCGAUGAUGGCGUCGUCGUUUGGUACCAUUCCCGGAGCGAUGAAUAACGUGGAUAUGAGCAAUCUCUCGCCAUAUCCUGUCAGUGCGACAUCGGCCUACCAGACAUCAUCGGCGGGACAGUCGCCAGCUUCGAUGCACGUCCAUGCCCAAAACGGAGGGUUUCCCCUCGACCAGGGAUACUAUAGCCCGCAUGCAUUGACACCGACAGCCCCAGGGCAAAUGAUGACGGGCGGCUACGGUGCUACGGCCAGCUACAGUCAUCAGUCUCCUGUAUUCAUGGGUCCGAGUCCAAUGGAAGUGCCGCAUUCACAUAAUCUGUCGCCUCAGAACGCGAUGGUGACACCCCGAUCUCAGCCUAUGGGUUCCGGGUAUGAGAAUGCGUUCUACGACUCAACGGGUGCGAUGUAUACGCAAGCAUCGAUGCAACCCAUGUACGUGAGCGCGCACUCGCACCCGCAAUCGAUGCCAGGGUAUGCCGUAGCGGGGCAAUAUGCCUCAUCCAUGCUACCGAAUCAAGCACGAGGGAGCAACACCAACCCAAUGGAACUUGAGGGUCGCGCAGGGCUGGGUCUGCAGACGGACUUGCAUGUGCACACGGCGCAACAGUAUAUGUACGGGGGAGCGGGAACGGGAGAGACAAGUGCAGACAUGCAUUUUGCAUGA